AUGGCUACCAUUUCUGCACCUUCAGACGAAGCAGCUGAGCUGCUGCAGAAACUGUCCUUGGAUUCGCUCGACAAACCCAUCCAGGAUUCAGAGCCUGCAAAGAAAGCUUCGGGUGUUAAGUAUGGAGUGGACAUCGGGGGUAGUCAGAUGAAUGGUUUUAGCAAACCUUUCGAGAGGACUGCCAGUCCUCAUCCCGAUUUUAUGAACCCCAGCAUGUUCUACAAUCCCACUGGAUAUCCUUCCUCAACCUAUUAUUAUGGAGGUUUCAAUGGAUCCUCUGUGAAUGACUGGGAUCACUAUGGAAGUUCCAAUGGGGUUGACAUGUCUCCUGGUGUUUAUGGAGAUUAUCAAAACAGUUACGGCUAUGCACCUUAUGGAACUUAUUCCUCACCCGGAGGACCUGAUUCUGCUCUGUAUGGACCCCAGCAUUUCCAGUAUCCUAUUAGUUAUUUCCAGCCUUCCUCCACCGGCAAUGGAACUUACACACCUAAUGGUGGAGUUAACUCUUCCCAAAAAGAUUUGUCAACUCCUCUGGCUGCUGACUCCAUGCAAUUAUCAGCAGGAGGAGCAAGUUCUAAAGGUAAUCAGGGUUUUGCGGCAAAUGUUGUCAGCCACUCAAGCAAUGACUUGUCAAAAUCAUCAAAAUCGAGUUAUCACAACAAUCGGAAUGUGAAAUCAAAUGAUUUUUACGGAUGGGGAGGCUUUCCCUCAGUGAGUUCAGUGAACACAUCAACUUUUUCGUACGGGCAUAAUUAUUCUCCAAUGACAAAUCAGAGUCUUCGUCCUCUUCCGCACCUUAUGGGUAUGCAACAAUCAGCGACAGGAUCUGGAAUGGACCGAGCAGGAUUCAUGAAUCGAAUGUAUCCAAGUAGUAGUAGGAUGUACGGUCAAUAUCCGAAUACAUUCAGACGUGGUGCUGGAUAUUAUUCCAAUAGCCGUGGGUGGUUGACUGUCGACAAUAAGUAUAGGUCCAAGGUUCGUGGCAGUAACUUUGUUCUCUCUGGUAAUGAAAGUGUGAAUGGCUUAAACGAGGUAAAUAAGGGUCCUCGAGCAAGAGGCUUCAAGGAGCAAAAGGAUUCUGAAUCAUCCACUUCUGUGAACGAGAAGAGUACAGAGGAUGAUCAAACUGUUUGUUGUACAGAUAGGGAACAGUACAACCGAGAUGAUUUCCCGGAAUCACACACUGGUGCUAAGUUCUUUGUAAUAAAAUCAUACAGCGAGGAUGAUGUCCAUAAAAGCAUUAAAUAUCGUGUGUGGACCAGCACUCCGAAUGGAAACAAAAAACUCGAUGCGGCAUUCAAGGAAGCCCAAGCCCAGGAGAAAUGUGGUGGAUGCCCUGUUUUCCUUCUAUUCUCUGUUAACGCGAGUGGCCAAUUUGUUGGUCUCGCUGAAAUGACGGGUCCAGUUGAUUUUGACAAAAGCCUGGAACAUUGGCAGCAGGACAAGUGGACCGGUUGCUUCCCUGUAAAGUGGCAUUUUAUCAAAGAUGUACCUAAUAGCAUGUUGCGCCACAUUAUACUGGAAAACAACGAGAAUAAACCUGUCACAAACAGCCGAGACACCCAAGAGGUUAGGUUAGAGCAGGGUAAUGAAAUUGUUAAGAUAAUUAAAGGUCAUUCUAGCAGGACGUGCAUUUUGGAUGACUUUGAGUUUUAUGAAGGGCGUGAAAAGGCAAUGCAAGAGAAAAAAGCAAAGCAGCAACAGUUUAAUAAGCAGGCCAAUGAUGCCGUGGUAGUCGGCGCUGAGAAAGAUGGAUCAAUAAGUAAACCAGCAACGCACACAUCUGGUAGCCUAAGUACCCCCUUGACUGAGGACUCGGCUGCUCCAAAUGCUGCUUAA